AUGGGACCCAGUUUUGAUUUAUCUGGAUUACCCAAUACAUGGGAAUGUAUAGUUUAAAAUAAAACUGAUGAAAAGAUAGAUUAAUAAUUAAAGAAUGAAGAGCCAAAGAGAGUUAAUAUCAAAGCAAGUGAAUUAAACUUUUAGAUAUAGUUAGAGACACUAUGUAUCAUUGAAAAUUAGGUUACUAUAUAAAAGCAUAGAGUUAACAUCAAAGAUCCAAUCUUAUCACUCAUUCAUCCAAUAAAAAAACUUUAUCUGUGCAAAUUAUCAGCAUUUUUAUUUGAAAAAGAACUAGAAUUAAGCAAUACCUUCAUUAAGGAGUAGAUUUAAAACAACUAAAAAAUUGUUUUGCACGGAGUAAAAACUGAUAAAAACCUUGAUGGCGAUCAAACUAGAUUUUUUCAAAGAUUCAAAACUUGUACUCCAGAUGGAGGAUGGGGAUGCAAUGGUAGUAUAAUGGAUGGAAUAAAAAUAUUGUGCCAUAAGAGUGUAAUGUUUUAAGGAGUAGCUAUAUUUGAGGAGUCUGAUACAGAUACACCCAAGCCAUUCACUCUGUCAUAUUAGUAUUCACUUAUUGAUUAAUUUGGAAAUGAUAUUUACUAGAGCGAAUUAAUAAAAGAAGAAGUUAAAUACUCUUCAACUGAUGUCAAUGAAGUGCACUUCUUCAAAUAUAAAUUCAAGACAUUUCCAAAAGGCAUAAAAGUUGAGGAAGGCUAAACUAUUUGCUAUUAGCAACAAACAUCUAUGGAAUAAUAUGGGUAUUUUUAAAUUGAAAAAUUAUGA